AUGCAUCAGAAGGGGCCUCCCAGCAGCAAGGGCAGCGUGUUUGUUGUUGUUCCUGCUCCUGUUGUUGCUGCUGCUGCUGCUGUCAUUGUCAGCGCUGCUAAAGGAGCAGGGUGUGAGGUGAGGAGACACCUGGGGGCCUCGGGGCCCUCAGGUGUCUCCUCAGGUGUCUCCAUGGCGCAGCCAGAGCUGCAGACACAGGAGGAGCAGCAGCUGCAGCAGCAGGAUGAAGGGAGACAGCCGACGGAGAAAGCUGACUUAGAAACAGUGGCUUCGCCCAAUGAUGGCGACAAUACUCCUGCUGCUGCUGCUGCUGAUGCUGAUGCUGAUGCUGAUGGUGCUGUUGCUAAUGCUGAUGAUGCUGCUGCAGAUGGUGCAGCAGCAGCAGCAGCAGCAGCAGCAAGCUCAGCACCUAGCCCUGUUCUGCUGCUUCGGAGACACAUCCGCAAGCCUAAUAUAAUUUGGGGGGCGCUUCUCCUGUCUCUUCUGAUUCUUUUAUAUGCUGCAGCAAAAGCAGCAAGGAUUAUGAAGAAUAAUCAGGCAGCAAAUGCUGUAGGCGGCCAGCACCGUAUAGAUCCCCGUCACCUGGAGACAGUUGCGGCGAUGCUGCAACUGCAGCAGAAACACGAGGAAGCGAAUGCUGCAGCGACAGAGGAGCAGCAACAGCUGCUGCAGCACCUUCUUCGAUAUGGAGAGAUGCAGGAUGGGGCAGAAGAGUUGCUGCUGCAGCGCCAGCGCAGCAGCAAAGUCAGGGUCUUAGCCUCAAUGCAAGGCAUAGACGUCCCCGGAGCAGCUCAGGCGCAGCAGAGGCUGAAAGAUCUGCUGCAGGAAAGAGACAGACUGGCGCUGCAGAACGAAGCCGCACAAGCAUUAGAGGGAUUAACAGUAUCAGAAGCACAAUAUAUGCUGCAACACCUGAGGGAGAUGGGGCAGGCUUUAGCAGCUGAAGAUGCACGUACAGAACUGCUGCUGCGGAGCCUUCACGCUGCUGCUCCUUCCUUAGGAACAAUGCGCGAGAACACUUACCGCCUGAUAAUGUUGCAGCAAGAAGUAAAAACAAGUAGAGAAGAGGUCGAGCAGCUGCAAGCAGAAGUAGCCGCAACAGCAGAAGCAGCAGCAGCCGCAGCAGCAGCAGCAAGCGCGAAAAGCGAAGCUGAGAAGGCUGCCGAAGAGCUGCUACAGAAGGAGCUGGAGGAGCUGCAACAAGACCUCCAGAACCUGCUGGUGCAGCUGGGGGAGAGCAGGCAGCAGAACUUCGAUAAGCAGCAGGAGAUAGCAGGGCUGCUGCAGGAUAUAGCGGAAACAGAGUUGCAGCUGCAGCAGAGCAGAGCGGAGCGCCUGGCCUUAUUGGAGGAAAACUACAGCAGCGAAGCCCAGCAGCAGCAGCAACAACAACUGCUGCAGCAGAAGCAGCAGCUCCAGCAGCUGCAGCAGUUGCUGCAGCGCAUGCUGCAGCUAACAGAUCCCUCCGCCACACAGACUCAAUUGCAGGAACUGCUGGAUCCUGAAGACGCAGCAGCAGCGCAGCAGCUGCUGCCUGAAGAGCAGGAGCUGCUGCUUGCGAGGCUCCAACUGCAGCAGCUGGAGCAGGAGCAGCUAGAGGAGUUGGAUGUGCUGGAUCAGCAAGCGAAGGGAGAAGCAGCAGAAGAAGCAGCAGCAUUAGUGCAGCAGAAGCAGAAGCAAGUGCAGAGUCUCCCUCAGAUACUAGAGGAGACAAUUCAUAUGCCUUCAGCAUUUUCUUCUGAAUUCCGUAUCCGCCUUGGUGCACGUGUCAAGCAAUGGGAGCGCAUCCUCAAGAGAGGGGUGCGGCAGCUGCGGCAGCAGUGGAGGCAAGCAGCUUCAGAAAAGAAUCUGCUGCAGCAGCAACUUUCUGCUUGUCCUGAUUUUCAGAAUCACGUUGCUGCAGUCCGAGGUGCAUGCAACGAUAUUCUUGCUGCUAGAAAUGCAGCAGCAGAAGCAAGGAGACAGCGGGAUCGUUUAUUCAUUUUAGAGGAGCUGCAGGGGGUAGGUACUGAAGUGCUUUUGCAUGAGAUAGCAGCAGGAUUAGAGUCCGACGUGCUGCGGCAAAUAGCAGAUAGUAGAAGGCUGCAGGCGCAGCAGGAUCUUGCUGCGCUGCAGCGGCUGCAGCAGAAGUCCGAGCAGCAAGUUCUAGUGCUGCUGCGGCAGCUAAACGAAGCAGAGAAGCGAUAUCCUUCUCCUCAAGGGGCUUCUCUUGCUGCCUUCCCUCCUCUAUGUGCUUUAGUUAAAGAGGCAGCAAGGCAGCAGCACUAUUUGAAAGAGAUUGAGCAGCUGCUGCGCUGCUGCAACAGAUCCUACUCGUUUCAGGAAGCACAAGAGCUGCUGCUGCAGGCUUUAGAGGUUGCUAACAGCCGCCUCAGGAAAUGGGGACGAGGCAGCGAGAUAGAGGAGACACUGGAAGUAGAACGACGAACCCGAAUCAAUGUCUUAGCUGAUACCGAGAAGAAAGAGCUCAAAUUACUUCAGGUACUGCAGCAAAUGGAAGACUACUUCGCAGCAAGCUUCCUUCGGCGCUCUCAUCGCGACAAAGAAAAACACAAACAUAAAAAGAAAAAGCCUGGAGCAGCAAAGAAGGUGCGUCCAUCGACAUCCCCAGACCUCAAAACAAAGAAAAAGCAACAGCAGCAGCAGGAGCAGGAGCAACAGAAGCAGCAGCAGCAACAGCAACAGCAGCAGCAACAGCAACAGCAGCAACAACAGCAACAGCAGCAGCAGCAACAGCAGCAGCAGCAACAGCAGCAGCAGCAACAGCAGCAGCAGCAACAGCAGCAGCAGCAACAGCAGCAGCAGGCGGAGGAGGAUCGGGAGCAGCACAGGGCGCAGCUGCUGUCGAGUUUAGGCUGGCUUGUUCCGAAGAGGGUGUCGUGGGACUUAGACGAUAUUCCUAGUCUCCUCCCCUUUGCAUCCGCGAAGGCACAAUCAGAAUCGGAGUCGUCGGAAACAGCAAAGGGAUCGGGAUCGGGAUCGGGAUCGGGAUCGGCAGAGACAGAAGCUGGAUCGGGAUCGGGAUCGGGAUCCGGAUCGUUGGAGACGGGAUCGGGAUCGGGAGCGGGAUCGGGAUCGGCAGAGACAGAAGCUGGAUCGGGAUCGGGAUCGCUGGAGACGGGAACGGGAUCGUCGGAGACGGGAUCGGGAUCGUCGGAGACAGGAACAGCAGAGGAUCCCUUCAAACCUGAGUCGCCUUCAAGAGGGAGCAGACCCCGAUGGGGGGCUCCUCAGGAGAACUUCGAAUUGCUUAUGCAGGCAGCAGCAGCGGCAGCAAAACGCGGGGAGUCGGAGGACGACGUGGAGACAAUAGACGAAGAGGACACAGAACAGGAGGAGCCAGAACAGGAGGAGACACAAAGAGAGGAGACAGAAAAGGAGAAGGAGACAGCAGCAAAGAGGGAGACAGACGAGGAGAAGGAGACAGCUGGGGAGACAGGAAAGGACAGGGAGGCAGUGGAGAAGGAGACAGCGCAGGGGGAGGAGGCGGGAGUGGCAACAGGGUACGAGCAGGAGACAGCAGAGGAGGAGAGAGAAACGGAGAACGAAACAGCACAGGAGGAGACAGCAGAUUUGGAGGAGACAGCAGGAGCUGUAGGGGAGGAGACAGGGGAAAGCAUGCGUAUUCCGGGUCGUCUCGGCAUUGAGGAGCAAGAAGAAAGCCUUCUGCCUGGAGAUGAUUCCCCACGAUCCCCACGAUCCCCGCGAUCCCCGCGAUCCCCACGAUCCCCAGGGUCCCCAUUCUCUCCACUGAGCCCCACACCAAGCUCUAGUGGCACUGCUAGCCCCACUUAUCCUCAGGGGUUUUUCCCUUCUGACUUUGAUUUGAACUCUGUAGACGACAUUGCUUCGCCCUUCAGGAGAAAUUCAGAACUCACAGCGUCGGGAUCGGGAUCGGGAUCGGGAUCGGGAUCGGGAUCGGGAUCGGGAUCGCGACCGGGAGCGGGUGUGCGGAAACCAAUUCAGGGAUCGGGAUCGCCGUCUUCGAGAACGGGUCCACGAGGAUCUCCUGCGAGGCCAGGUGUGGGGUCAAUAUCGCGGGGAACGCGACAGGGAUCGGGAUCGUUUGGGGGAUCGGGAUCGCCUUCAAAGCCCUUAUCGACACGCCCCGGGGGAACGGGGAUCCCAAGGAGGGUUCCUGUUCUCUCUACUCAGCGGAGUCCUGCAGGUUCUUCUGCGCAACCUCGGCGUCGAGGAUCUACUGCUUAUCGAACAGGGACAGGAGGAGACACCUGGGAGAAGAAGAGACAGAAAUACACGCUCCACAGCAGCAGCAGCAGCAAUAGGAGCAGCAGCAGCAGCAAUAGAAGCAGCAGUAGCAGCAAUAGAAGCAGCAGCAGCAGCAAUAGUAGCAGCAGCAGCAGCAAUAGUAGCAGCAGCAGCAGCAAUAGUAGCAGCAGCAGCAGCUAUAGAAGCAGCAGCAGCAGCAAUAGAAGCAGCAGCAGCAGCAGCAAUAGAAGCAGCAGCAGCAGCAAUAGAGGCAGCAGCAGCAGCAGCAGCAGCAUCAGCAGCACGUUCUGCUGCUUCUGUUGCUAUGCCUUUAGCUCUGUUGCUGCUGCUAUUAGGGGCCUCCAUCAUGCAGGAAGGAGAUAG